GCCCCCGGUGUGGAAUUGUCUGCUGCUGAACUUAGUGAGCUAAAGGAACCAGCUAAUGCCACAGAACCCAAGGAGACAGCUGAGAUCCUCGUAGAAGCUCUUAAGUCAGCGAUCCAGAAGCCUGGAGACGACGACAAACCCAAGGCUAAAGAAGCCGAAACAGUCAAACUGCCCGACUUCCCCAAUCCUGAGACUUACAGAAGUUGGAAAAUCACGGUUAGGGAAGCCGUCAGGGCUGCAUCCGACAGACCUGACGAAGCAUUCAAAUGGGUUCAAGAAGUCUACACGAGGGAGGCCGAUCUAGAGAAGCUCAGGGAAACAGGCAAAUUCCUCACGCUAGACACCAAAAUCCUCUCGUCCCUUUCGCGAGUGGCCAGAGGGGAUCUUGGCCGACAGAUCAUCAACUACAAAGAGUCGGAGGCAGCAGCUGGCAGAGCGGUCCGAGGCAGGCAGGUAUUGCUUAUGUUUGAGCACUACUUUAAGACCAAUGAGGAAGCCGGAUCAUUGUACUCUGUAGAGGACCUCCUCAAAGUGCAGUUGAGCGGGGAUGACCUUGCCACCUUCAUCCACAACUGGGAGUCGGUAAUAGCAGGGCUUAAUCAUCAACCCGAGGAAACCACUCUGAGAGACAUCCUACUCCGACAGCUUCGCUGCUCCGGCAAACUUAAGUUUGAUCUGGAAGUCUAUGAUCGUGCAAAAGAAGGCACCGAGAAGCGUACUUACGAGUAUCUGGUGACAUGCGUGAAGGACCUUCUGGCCAGAGAUAGAACUAGAAACAACCGAAAGGCCAUUGCUAAAGCUCACGGCGCAAAGUUUGGAGCACCAGCACCUUCCACCGCACCGAACACACCACGCGGUAGGAACCCUUCCAAAGGCGGUAAAGGUGGUAAAGGCGGGGGUAAGAAGGAUACCUCAAAGAUUCCAUGUAUCUUCUACCCCAAGGGAACAUGCAAGAAUGGAAAGAACUGCCCCUUCCUGCACAAGGACGCUAGCCCAUCUGUCCCAGCCAAGGGAGGCAAAGGAGGCGAUGCGCGAUCCCCCUCAGGGAAGCGCAGACGGCCGAGCAAGAAGAAGAAGGCGAAGAGUCAGGAGAAGCCAGCUGCAUGCUGCAUUUCCCCACUAGCCGCCCUUACGGGUGAGUCUAGCGGAGACGCCAAGCCUUCCUAUGCUCUAGCCGCUCGCAAGAGCGUGCCCGUCAAGCCUCGAACUAACAAAGUUCAGUUCCGAAAGCCAGAGAUCAUUGACAUCCCACUUGAAGGAAAGGGCAGGAAGUUCACCUUGGAGAAGCGCGAAUAUAAUUUCCAGGUGAAAACAGCAGACGAAUGCCCUCCUUCUGACCCCGAGGACAUGGCACGCGCCCUCAGCAACGCACUCGCCUUAGAGUCAGCGGUUAAGGGCAUUGAGCUUGGAAUCAGGGUCAAGUGUAGUUACAGGUGUCGGGGCAGAGAAGGGUUCUGUGCUAAGUGCAAAGAAGCCGUACCCUUGCCCUCCUAUGCUGCAGCUGCGGUGACUAGUGAAAACCUUGAAAUCAUCGCCGACACCGGUAGCGAAGAAGACCUAAUCAGCCGCUCGGAUCUAGAGGCCCACUUCAAGGGCAAGGCUAAAAAGGUUGCAUCCAAUCCGGUGAGUCUGCUCACCGCUAAUGGACCCGUAGACGCUGAGACGAAGCACGAGGUCUACGUUGAGUCCUUGAGGAAUCCUUUGCAAUUCAUUGAGCUCCCCAACACUCCUGCAGUGUGUUCUGUAGGAAAGAAAUGCAUGGAACAAGGAUUCUCUUUCUACUGGCCUAAGGGCGAGGCGCCAUACUUUGUUUGCCCAGACGGCCAGAAGGUGCUAUGCCAACUCCGAGGCAAUGUCCCAGUGUUUGGCGACCGAGGGCAUGCCGCACCAGCACGUGUAGAAGGCGAAGAACAAGAAGUUUCAGCUGGCGCGGCAGAAGGACAAGAUGUCAUCGAAAAGAUGGCGAAUUCCAUUCCACCCAUUCCAGGGGUGGAACCAAGACAACUGCUAAAGGCAGGUUGGACGGUCAUUGAAGGCAGCCCUGCUGCCAAAGUGGCCCACUUUCCGAAGACCUUUCGAACGCCAGCUCCCAAGUUCCCGAGGUAUAGAAUCCGGACUACCUGGGGAUUUAAGGACGACGUCUGGUCUUUGUUGGAAGACUCAGUCAACAUUGACGAACUUGACGGUAUCUAUGGGGAAGUACCUGAAGGAACCAUUGCGAGCAUUACUUUGUUUGCUUUGCCUGAAGGUGAGGUCGAAGCCCCAGCCGACAGCGAUGUCGAGCCACGGUCGGUUCCCAAAGCAAAGAAAGACGAAGCUUCUUUGAGAGCCGAGGCUGUUUCGCUGGAGCAUCGACUGACUCAUAGGCCGAAGAAUCCUUUCUGCCCGAUUUGCCAAAGAGCCAAGAUGUACGCGCCCCAAGCGCGGAAAUCAGGUGGAUCAACGACGAUUCAUAGCAAAGCGUUCGGUGACCACAUCACGGUGGACCACAUCAUAACAGAAGAUGCUAAGGACUAUGGCUUUCAGGAGGAGACCCUGGCUCAUGUAGUCAAGGACGUGUACUCAAAGUUUAGGUACAUCUAUCCUUCUAAGACAAAGUCUGGCGAGCAAUGCUACGAGGAUAUGUUGCACUUCCUUGGCGUUGAUGAUGAGGUCAAAGUCAUAUAUUCCGAUAACGCAUUGGAAUUCGACUUUGCCGCAAGGCAGCUCCGUGCUCGUCACAACACCUCCCGGGCAUACGUGAACGAGAAUAAGGCCGUCAUAGAACGCGAAAUUCGAACCAUUCUCGAAGGAACAAGAGCCAACCUGGUGCAAUCAGGAUUGCCUGAUCGCUAUUGGCCCAUGGCAUCACAGCAUCACGCUGUAUGCCUCAACACUUCCAUGAGGCUAGACAAUGGUCAGGUCCCAUGGGAGCUCAGGUACGGUGAGAAGUUCAAUGGCAUGAGGGUUCCAUUCGGAGCUAAGGUUCUGUACUGGGCACCCAAGAAGCAACGUAAGCCGGAACGUUCCAAGUUUGCAGGUGACUAUCAAUUUCCUCUUCUUUCGGAAGCUGCCUUGGACAAACCACCAAGCCUCGACGCACAACACCACAAUGUUCUCGAUGAUGCAAACCCGCAUCCUCCUCUGGAGGAAGGGGGGGAGUACACCGAAGAAACAAAAUAUAGCGAAGAACAAAUUCAGGCCCAGCUCAAGGAGGACAUCGACGACCUCUUUGCGGAGCUAGAAGGACCUGAUCGCUACGAUGAUCCCCCAUCGGAGGACGCAUCAGCCAUCCGCAAGGAUGAGUCACAAUCCGAAAAACGCAAAGCUUUACUCGAUGAUGUUCCCUUCUCAGUGAAGCAAAAGCUGAAGCCCAGCGCAGCUGCAACAGCACCUGAACCACCGUAUGGCUAUGUAUGGAGCGGUGAAUGUUUGGUCAAAAAGAACAACAAGAACCGCCCCAAUGCUAUCGACCAUACUAAGUGGAAGACCAUGUCGAAAAGACAAAGGGCGACUGCCACUGCUGAACAUGAGAAGAAGCUGCGGGAGGAAAACGAGGCGGAAUAUCGCAAAGCUGUUCAAGCAGUACCAGCUAUGCCCGUCCUACACAACUGUAGCGAGGAGCACCGGGAAAGGCUGCAAGGAUUGUGCGACAAGAAACUUUUCCAGAUUGCAGACGACAUGUACGCUCUCGUUGCCAAGGUCCUUUCCACUAAGGAAAUCGCAGCGAGCCCAGAAGCGCAGGCAGCCAUGGACAAGGAAUGGAAGAAGCUUGUGGAUAAGGGAUGUUGGGUGCAGAACAAGGUUAGGGAGUUCGAGACGGUCGCCUCCGAAGCUAAGAGAACUAACUCAAAGGUCCAUUUUGGCAAUGUUUUCGAGAUUGGUUCUUUGAAAGGAGCUGAACUUAAGGAAGGUGACCCGAACCGCAAAUAUAAGGGUAGGUCGGUAUUUCAGGGAAACAAAGUACUUGACGAGAACGCCGAUCACGCUCUUUUCGCGGAAAUGUCCAGCAGCCCUGCAUCAAUGGAGGCAGGGAAAAUCCUGGACGCCUUUGGCUCUCAACCGGGGUAUGUCAUCCAGCAAGCAGAUGCCAAACAGGCGUACACCCAAGCGUUGUUCCAAGGAGUCGCCACUUGGGUUCGGUUGCCUCGCAACCGAUGGCCUAAGGAGUGGCGGGGAAUGAAGGAUCCCAUUGCCACCAUAAAGGAGGGCUGGGAUUCGAUUUCGAGCGUUAUCGACAUGGACCUCCCGGAAGUGAUCGGGAGAUACUUUGGUUGUAUGCACAAGGAGGAACACAAUCUUAUGACGGAAGAUUACUGGGACAUUGACCCAGAGAACCUCCUAGCUAUCCGACACCACCAUUAUCCUCGAAAGCGCUUGUAUGUGCCAAACGAAGAUGAUGCACAAGUGUUUCCAGGGAUUGGACCCCGAAGAUACACUGUGGUAGCUAAAGCCACUCGCAAGAGUGAGUCGGAGGAGGUCGUUGUUGAUGAUUGCAACAUAGCCCGCGAUCGCUGCCUCAAGGACUGGUGGAACGGCGAGACCUACUUCGACCUUGCAGGCCGGGGACAGUCUGAUUUCGAGUUGGCAGUAGCAGCUACCCGCAAGGGUAAGCCAAUUCGGAAUAAGUCCGUGGCCAAGAAGGAGGUUAAGCACAGCAAGUUCAUCACUCCCUCACAAGAUCAAAAGGAGAAACCGGGUGCAAUGACGAAACCAGUCACACGCAUCACGUAUGACAUGAGGGACUUCCUGGAUUCAUGUGUUGACAGGUACUGUGAGCUUGCCAAGGUUGACCGCAAGUCAUUGAAGCCAGCAGCGACACCAUUCCAUGAGCUUCGGGUAGCAUUGCCCACUGCAUCGGAAGGGGAAAAGGCGGGAAGGUUGCAGCCAAUUGCCAGCAAGGUACUAAUGAAGAUCUUGUUUGCAGCCCGCAUGGCCAGGCCUACCUUGUCUCAGUCUUUGGUACUUCCUAUGGCGUGGAGAUGCCGGCCGCAAGGACAAUUCAAGCUGUUGAACGUUGGCACUUCUGAACAGACCGCCGACGUGUUCACGAAGCCCUUCACCGAAAAGACAAAGUGGGUGCAUGCUCUCAAGUUAAUCGGACACACAUCGAGCACGCAUGCCGGGUGCAAGCCCGUGUCGAAGCCCGAAACCGCCAAAGUUUCCGUUGCAGCUACUUCCGAUGGCAUUGCGAUCGUCGAGGAGUUCGCUAGGAAAGCGCUCGAGUCUAAGGACUUCACUUUCGGGACCUUCGAAUCAUUGGCAGAGCUCAUUCGUGUGAAUCUGAAAGCAUCCAUGACGACGAUGAGGGCACUGAUCAAGAACAACAAACCAUCUACCUACUUGGUAUUUGGGGCUUGGGUCCAUGGUGGGUGCUAUGGGGUUACGAAACGUACCGAGCAGCAUCCCUGGGUAUGCAAGUACGUGAACGCAUUCAUCAAACGAUCAUCGCCUAAAGGCUUCACUUGGACUUCGUUUGUCUUCAAUUUUAACGGCAAAGCCCGACUCCACACAGACAAGUACAACCAAAAAGAGUCGUACAACCUCACGUUCUCCUUCGGACGAGCAAGGACGAGCGCAUCGUGGAUAUGA